CCGGAAGAAAACGCGUCAACCUUUCAACGCCGAGAGAGAGAGGGAGAGAGAAUUGGCCGGCCUUCCAAGUCGAAGCUCUAACUCUCGGUAGGCCAUUUUCCCGGAAAGCUAUGGUCAUUCACAAGAAAAUUCAAAUUUUCGGGAAAAACCAAACAGGUCUUCAUUUUCCUCUAGUUUCCCGAGUUCUUGGGUCUUCGAGGAUCACUACAAGUAAUUCUGGGUAAGGUUCUUCAAGUCGCCGUUUUAAUUUGUUUGAGCUUUGAUGCAUCUUCCAUGCGUUAUGUGAUUGCAACCUCCAUUUUCCCCUAGUUUGUUUGGUCUUCAUUUUCCCCUAGUUUCCCGAGUUCUUGGGUCUUCGAGGAUCACUCCAAGUAAUUCUGGGUAAGGUUCUUCAAGUCGCCGUUUUAAUUUGUUUGAGCUUUGAUGCAUCUUCCAUGCGUUAUGUGAUUGCAACCUCCAUUUUUCAGUGUCUUAUUACGUAAAGUGUUCAGUAGAGUUUGAUGUUUUCUUAGUUAAGCUGUGUAAAGUUUCAGUGUUGAGAAACCGAAAUUUAAGAGAAAUUGAUUGUAUAGGACUUUCAUCAUUUGUAUCCUGUUUCCCUUUUCCUUUUGAUUUCUUGGGGAAUUAGGCUGGAAGAUAAGCCUCUUUUCCCUGUUUGGUUGCUCAGAAAAAGAGAAAGAAAGAAAGAAAAAGGAACCCAAAUCAUGAGCCAACAAUGAUGCUUCAUUGUAUGGGAACUGAUAAAGCAAGACGUUAAUUAAACUACAACCAAGUCAGGUGCUAGAAAAGUUGAAUUGGUUAUUGCAGUGUCCUCCCCUGUUAGUAGCAAGCUUAGAACCCGAAAACUUCCUUCAGCCUCGAGGAGAAGACUUUUAGCAGUGGUUGGAGUUUCUUGACCACCGAACUCCAUCUAUUGGAUUCCUAUCUACAGCCAGUCCCGAUUCCAGAUAAAAGAAGAGGAGGGCCGUGUUGAGUAACUGACAAUUAGCAUAAAAUUUGUUGGAUCAAGCCAUAUGAAUUUUAGACAAGUGAUGAGGACAAGGCUAACGAGCUAGAAUCAUGUAAUAUACUUCACAGAGUGAGAUUAAGACUUAAUAUGUUGUUUUCUCCACUUGAUGACGCCUUCCAAAAUGGGAAGUCCGGUGCUUGCAACAUGGAAGAUGGUUUUUCCUUAUGUCAGUUGUUGGAUGGACUGUUCUUUACUGUGAUCUGCUCUCUCUAUUGGCCUUAUGAGUUUGCUAAGUUUGAACUCGGUGCAGGGCCUUAUAUUGUAACUGUAAUCGGAAACAGCCACUUUCAGAAGACGCAAUAGAAGUGUUGAGUUGGGAUCCAUACCUCUGCUUUCAUUACAUACUGGGACAAGAUGGAAAGCAAUGGAACGGCUGAAGAUAUCUUCUCCAAGACGAUCCUGGCCAUAUCUGAAACAGAAAAUGCUGCUGGGUCUGUCCUCGUCCAAAAGGAGAAUUUCAACAAAUUUUCAACUCACUUAGACAGAAUUACAUUUGUCCUAAAAGAGUUGUCCAAUUUGGAUUUAAGAAGUUCAGAUAAGUUAAUAAAUGCUCUAGAGAUUCUUAACAGGGAGAUCAAAACAAUGAAGCGACUAGCCAUAAGCUGUGGUAAUAGAAGCAAAGUCUAUCUGUUUCUUAAUUGCAGAAGGGUUGUUAAACAGUUGGAAGACAGUACAAAAGAGAUCAGCCAUGCCUUAGGCCUCAUCUCUUUGACCUCUUUGGACGGUUCGUCAGUUACGAAUGAUAUGAUCAGUAAUGUAUGCAAAAACAUGUCAGAUACUGAGUAUCGGUUAACUACAGCAGAGGCACAAAUCUUGGAGAAAAUCGAGUCAGGAAUAGAAGAGAGGAAUGUUGAUCAAUCCUAUGCAAGUAAUUUGCUCCACUGUAUUGCUGAGGCAGUAGGAAUCCCCACUGAGCAGUCAGAACUGAAGAGAGAAUUCGAGAUACUUGAGAGUGAGAUGGAAAAUGAUGGGCUGAUAGAAGACACAACAGAAGCUUUAAGGAUGGAACAAAUUGUGGCGCUGCUUGGCAAGGCCAAUAUGAUCACAACCCCGGAGGAGAAAGAGAGGAAGUAUUUGAGAAAGCGUAGUUCUUUGGUAAGGCAGCCUAUAGAACCCCUUCAUUCCUUUUAUUGCCCAAUCUCGGGGGAUAUCAUGGUCGACCCUGUGGAAACCUGCUACGGGCAGACUUUUGAGAGAAGCGCGAUAGAGAAAUGGUUAGCAGAUGGUAACAACCUCUGUCCCUUGACAAAGAUGCCUCUAAACACUUCACGUCUGAAAUCAAACAGGACUCUCCGAAUCUUGAUUGAAGAAUGGAAGGACAGGAAUAUAAUGAUUACAAUUGCUUCCCUGAAACCAAAAAUUGAGUCAGAUAAGGAGCAGGAAGUGAUUGAUUCCCUUGGGAAGCUGCAGGAUCUAUGCAUGGAAAGAGAGUUGCACCAGGAAUGGAUGAUAAUGGAGGGCUACAUACCGAUUCUUAUUGACCGUCUUGGUGCCAGAAAUUCUGUUAUAAGAAUGCAUGCUCUGGACAUCCUUUACAUCUUUGCGAAGGACAGUGAUGAAAACAAGGAAAAGAUUGCUAAAGUAGAUAAUGCCAUUAGAUCCAUUGUCCAUUCCCUUUCACGUAAGGUCAAGGAAAGUAAGUCAGCAUUGCAGUUGCUGAUGGAAUUAUCAAGAAACGACAAAGUGCGCAGCUCCAUUGGGAGCAUUCAAGGUUGUAUACUUCUACUAGUGACCAUCUCCAGCAGUGAUGAUGCUCAAGCUGCAAGAGAUGCAGAUGAGCUUUUAGAUAAUCUCUCUUCCGAUGAUCAGAAUGUUAUACAGAUGGCAAGAGCAAAUUAUUUUGGACCUUUACUACGCCUACUUUCUACAGGACCUGAUAGUGUCAAAAUGAUGGCGGCCAAGACCCUAUCAGAAAUUGAGCUGACUGAUCAGGGUAAACUAUCCCUCUCUAAAAAAGGGGCACAAAGGCAGCUUCUGAAAUUGCUCUCUCAUGGAGAUAUAGAGAUUAAGGAAGUGGCUAUUAGUGCUCUUCAUAAACUUUCAACCAUACCGCAAAAUGGACUGGAGCUGGUCAGAGAAGGGGCAGCCCGGCCGCUCCUUGAGCUUCUCUACUGUCAGAGGCUAUCAACGGCAAGUUUGCGCGAGAAUGUAGUAGCUACAAUCUUGCAGCUCGCGAUAUCGAGUGCUGCUUCUGAAGCUGAUGAAAUACAGACAUCAAUUUUUGAAUCAGAAGAGGAUAUUUUCAAAUUCUUCUCUCUUAUUUCCUUGACAGGACCAGAAAUACAACAAAACAUUCUACAAUCUUUUGUUGCAAUAUGCCACUCCUCUUCUGGUUCAACAAUCAGGAAUACAUUAAGACAGAUUUCUGCUACCCGAGUGCUGGUCCGAUUAUGUGAGCAUGACAACCACGUGGUUGGGGAAAAUGCCUUGAAGCUGCUCUGUUGCUUGAUGGAAGAGGGUGACAAUAGCAGCUACAUAGACCACUUGGACCAGACAUUUAUUGACGCUUUAUUGAGGAUUGCAAGAACUAGCAACAACCUGGACGAGAUUGCAGCUGCCUUGGGUGUCAUCUCCAGUCUCCCCGAGACUUCUGAAAUUACUCAGUGUCUGCUAGAUGCCGGUGUGCUUCAAGUCAUCUUCGCUUGUCUUGCCGAUGGGCGUAGUGAUGCUUCACAGAGAAGAAAGGUUGUGGAGAACGCUGCAGGAGCUCUUCGCCGGUUCACUGUUCCAACGAAUCAAGAAUGGCAGAAGAAAGUAGCUGAAGCUGGCUGCAUACAGGUGCUGGUGGAGUUGCUGGUCUCAGGAACUGCUUUAACGAAACAAAAGAUAGCCAUAUCUCUGAAGCAGUUUUCAGAGAGUUCUGGUGGCUUGAGCAAGCCAGUGAAGAAGAAGCAUGCAGCUUUCAGUUGCUUCUUGGCCUCUCCUGAAUCCAGAUGCCCCGUGCACUCGGGCAUUUGCACCAUCUCGUCCUCGUUUUGCCUUCUGGAAGCUGAUGCUGUCAGACCCCUUGUCAGGGUUCUUGCAGAGGAGGAAGAAAUCGGUGCUCGUGAAGCCUCUUUAGAUGCACUGUUAACAUUGAUUCAAGGUGCCCAACUACAGAAAGGCAGCAAGGUGCUAGCUGAAGCCGAUGCCAUUCAUCCGAUGAUAAAACUAUUGAGCUCAUCCUCUGCAGGGUUGCAAGAGAAAGCUCUAGAAGCAUUAGAAAGGAUGUUUCGGUUGAUUGAAUUCAAACAAAAAUACGCGAUCCCAGCCCAGCCACCACUAAUAGAUAUUACUCAAAGAGGAAGCAGUAGAAUGAAAUCCCUGGCUGCCAUGACUUUGGCUCAUUUGGAUGCGAUCCAUGCACAAUCUUCCUAUUUUUAAUCUGUUUUCAAAUUCUUUUUCCUGUCAAUGGUUGGUUCAUAAUAUCUUACAUGAUGAACUGAUGGACAUUAAAUGGAUACAAGAUGCUUUUGCUUUCA